AUGCCUGCUUCGAACGGCAUCAUCGAGCGAUGGCAUCGAACUCUGAAGGCAGCAAUCAUGUGUCAAACUAACUCGCAACAAGGGGUCGACACUCUACCUUUAGUAUUACUAAGACUCCGAGCUAAUUUUAAAAAGGAUAUAAACGCUUCUUCUACUGAACUCGUCUAUAAAACCCCACUUCGUUUACCUGGUGAAUUCUUCACAGACAUUAAAUCUUCCGAACCUCGUUUGUUUUUAGAGAAUCUCCGACAAACAAUGUGGCAGAUCAGACCUACACCUGUAGGGCAUCAUCACAAAGCUAAGCCGUUUUUCCACAAAAGUCUCAUCUUCUGCUCACACGUAUUCAUAAGGGUCGAUGCAUAUCGCAAACUACUCGAAUCGCCAUACAGAGGACCGUUCGAGAUUAUCCAAAGGACGACUGACAGAAUUUUUCUCAUAAACGUAAAUGGAAAAGCUACAUCAAUAUCUACAGAACGUCUCAAGCCAGCCUUUUUUGAGAAACUUGCUUCAAACGACCAAGAUUCCGAAGAACCAGCAACCUCUACUCCACAGGCUCUUCGUACUUAUAAAGGACCGACCAACAAGCACGUCCAGUUCGUGGUUUAA